CGGGGUCGCCGCGCCCCAUGGACAGGCACAAAGUGAAGCGGCAGAGGCUGGACCGCAUCUGCGAAGGUUGCUUGCUAUAGGACUGGGACCAGCAACCUUCCAACAACGGCAGGCUGCCCGUUUCCUGUCGCGGGAUGAUUUUUCCCCUUGCCCCGCAGCAGCUCUCCAGUGGGCGAGGCACAGGGCAAGCUGUGAGGCCGAGGAGGGGACUGGGGCCACAGGGGCAUGACCCUCACAAGCCUCCGGAGGCCCCAGUGGCUGCAGGCAUACGGCCUCCCAUUGUGAAUGGACCGAUGCCAGCCCGACCACUGGUUGCGCUCCUGGAUGGGAGAGAUUGUACUGUUGAGAUGCCCAUCCUAAAGGAUGUUGCUACAGUGGCCUUCUGUGAUGCUCAGUCAACUCAGGAAAUCCAUGAAAAGGUGCUGAAUGAGGCUGUGGGGGCUCUCAUGUAUCACACCAUCACCCUAUCCCGCCAGGACCUGGAGAAGUUCAAAGCUCUCCGUGUCAUUGUGCGCAUUGGCAGUGGCUAUGACAAUGUGGACAUUAAGUCAGCUGCAGAAUUAGGCAUCGCAGUUUGCAACGUCCCUUCCUCCUCUGUAGAGGAGACCGCAGACUCUACCCUCUGUCAUAUCUUGAACUUGUAUCGCCGGGUGACUUGGCUCCAUCAGGCUAUGCGGGAAGGAAAUCGGGCUUCAAGUGUUGAGCAGAUCCGAGAGGUGGCUGGAGGUGCUGUGCGUAUCCGUGGGGAGACACUAGGCAUCAUUGGCCUGGGCCGUGUUGGACAGGCUGUGGCCCUGCGAGCUAAAACCUUUGGUUUCAAUGUGAUUUUCUAUGACCCGUACCUGCCGGAUGGAGUGGAACGGUCCCUCGGGCUGCAGCGAGUAGGGACUCUGCAGGAUCUCCUAAUGCACAGCGAUUGCAUUUCAUUGCACUGCAGCCUGAAUGAACAUAACCAUCACCUCAUCAACGACUUCACUAUUAAACAGAUGCGCCAGGGCUGCUUCCUGGUGAAUACAGCACGUGGGGGCCUUGUAGAUGAAAAGGCCUUGGCACAAGCCUUGAAGGAAGGGAGAAUCAGAGGGACAGCACUGGAUGUGCAUGAAUCUGAGCCCUUCAGCUUUGCCCAGGGGCCCCUAAAGGAUGCUCCCAACGUGAUCUGCACCCCUCAUGCUGCAUGGUACAGUGAGCAGGCUUCCAUUGAAUCCAGAGAAGAUGCAGCUAGGGAGAUCCGCCGAGCUAUCACAGGUCACAUACCCGAUGCCUUGAAAAACUGUGUUAACAAGGAGUAUUUGUUGUUAGCUGCUCAGUGGUCCAAUAUCGAUCCUGCAACUGUCCACCCAGAACUUAAUGGAGCUGCAGCUUACAGGUUUCCUCCAGGAGUAGUGGGAGUAGCUGCUCCUGGCUUGCCAGAGCCAACGGUGUUGGAGGGGAUGGUGACUCACGGGAUACCCUCUGUCUCUCAUUCCACACCACGUACCCCUUCCCCAGGAGAGACGAGCAAACUGGACCCAGACAGAGAGAUUCCUGCUGACCAGUAGCAUCUUCCCUCUCAUUUCUCCUCUGGCAGCAGAAAAAGCAGGGGGAGAUCUCCCUGCUAGGACCUUCCCUAACUCCCUCUGAGACUGUUUCCUGUUCACAUGGGACAGGAGAAUGCAUUUCAUUACUGGCAAACUUUUAGCUCUUGCCUUUCAACAGAUAUUUUAUAACCUGUUUUAGUUUUAAUUUCUUGGUGAAUCUGUCUUUUUGUCUGGGAUAGAACAGCAGUGACCUUGCUUCCCAUUUUGAAAUUCUUAGUUUGACCUGUAGGUUUCCAUGUCCCUGUCUCCUGUUGUUUCACAGGAAGGCACCUGGGCAUGCUCAAGUCCAGGAGCACUGGAGCUGACUGAACACAAAAGGCUUCCAGUGCUUCCAACAGACUCAGUGUAGGUUUUCAGCAGGGACUUGCACAGACUGCAGAUUUGAUAGUUUUUGGACAGUGAAGGUGAAGAGGUGGGGGAGCGCUUUGAAGCAAGACUAGAAAACCUGGAGAGGCCAAGCAGAUUGUGUCCUGAUACACUGCAGGGCAGGGAGAAGUGACCCUGUGCCCAGUGCUGUGCACUGCCCUGCGUAGCCUGACCCUGCUGUCUGUGAGCACAGGUGUAGCCAUCAUGAGGACUGGUGCUUGGCCACAUGAAGUUUAGCUCCUGCAGUGCUGGGCAUGAGCACAAGGGAAUAUGAGACUAAAAGAUAUAAAGGACUGACAGCAGUCAUGUGCAUGCUGGCAGCCCAGGUGUUCAUGAGGCGUCAGGAGAGAUCGCCCUGCAAUCCGUACACUGCUCAGGGAGGGUCAGAACUGGCAGAAAUAGGGAGAGCGCAGCAAGUUGUAGCUAUUUGCAGCUGCUCUUGCUGGUUUUUUGUGCAUAUACCUUGCAAACUAAUGCUCUUCAUCAAGAAAAAUGUUCUGCUAGAAUACUUGGUAUGGUCUGUGCUAGAGUUUUGUUAGCAUAGCUGUGUUGGCUUGGAAUGUGAAAAACAUCCCCCCCAAGCAGAUGUAGGUAAGGUGGCAAGUUUGUGUAGAUGCAUCUUUGCGGACAGAAGAGUGCUUCUCUUGCUAUAGCUAAUGUUUGGAAAGGUGAUGUAACCACACUGGCAGAAAUGUCCUGCCAGCAUGGCAUGGAACACUUCUAGUGUAUCUGUACCAGCAGAGACUGACAACUCUCCCUAGAAAUUAGAAAAGAAAAAAACCUAAGUAGCUCACCUGUCUGGCCAAGGGCAGGAUUGUUCGGGACAUUUAAGAAUAGACAAAACCUUGAAAAGAAGAGUGAGGCAUUUGUCACUUUCCUGGGGGAAGGUGAUUCUUCAGCUUGAUUCAGUGUCAGACUUCUACUUAUAUUCCUCUAAGUUUCCUUUUCUUCACUGCAUCCCAUGUCUCCCAGUUGUGCCCUCCCCCCACACACUGAGGGUCUGCAUGCCUGCAGCAUUUCAAAAUCAUCUAAAACUUGACAUCUCUUGGGCUGCAACAGUAUGCAUUUCUGUUGCUUGCAUGUGUUGGAAUGCAACUUGCUGUGGGGGAUGGCAAUGGGGGGGCACAGAUCUUUGUUCUUCAGUUUGAGGAGAAGGCUGUUCCUUGUUUCCCAGUGAAAGGAGCCCAGAACUUGCAGAGGACAUGAUCCAAGUAGGUUACUCUUUAGUUUGGGUAAUGGAAUGAAGUGGCGAAGCUCAAGUUGGUUCUCAAGUUCUCUUCUGACUUGUACAUUGUUUUCCAUUUUUUUCCUUCACAUACUGGCUUAUGACCUAAUCUAGUGCUGACCUUGUGAAAUGAUUUAUUUUCCUGUGGGAAGAGGUGCCAUAGGGGAGGAGAAUGUAUGGUGAGUGGAAGUCUUUAGCUGGCCCUAUUUCCUUUGGACUGUCACCUUAGCUGAGUGGAGAUUUACCAUGAUGGGACAUGGUGCAGUUUCUCAGCGCUGUGAGCUGGGUGUGUUUAUUAAGGUGUUCAGGUAGCUGUAGGCACUUCAGCUCUCUGUUCUCCUGGGUAAUACUUAUUCAGUUUUAAUAUUCAUUUACCUCCUUUGUGGCUCAGGAACUAGCUAGUCAAACUAGAGUGACAGCAGCUGGGGCUGGUGGUAGACACAUUAUAGGGAGGAGAAGCAUUUCUGAGGAAAGUUUGGAGAUCACUGAUUGGAAUGGAAGACACCAAUAUCUGAAUAUUCUUCCAACAGUUUCCUAAUCUCUAAAGCAACAAGGCUGUAGCUCAGAAAGCUGCUCCCCCAGUAGGCAGGCUGGCCUGGUGGGAGGAAAGGUUUCCCUAGCGAUUCAAAGGGCUGACUUUGGCCUGUUACUGUCUUAGGGAGAUAGUCUGUCAGCACCUUUUUAUUUUUGACUUGCUGCUGAAAACAGCUGCUUGACCUGCAAAGAUACAGGAAGCAGAUAAUUUUGGGGCAGGGAGUUCCCAGUUGUGGGGUUUUCAAGCACAGGAGAUCAGGGUCCAUUUAUCUCCUUUCUUAAAGUACAGUGCAAAAUGUGCAAGGGCCAGCCUUUUAUCUUUUUUUUUUUUUUUAACUAUGGGUAAAUUAAGAACUAUCAAGAAAAACUUCUUCAAAGAAGGAGUGGAAAAGAAGAUCUCACCUGGAUGAUGUUGAAACUUUUAAUUUUUUAGUUGGUGCCUAGAUACCAUGGUGACUGGCAUACUAGGAAUACAUGCCUAGAGCUGUGAGGAUUGCUAACUCCAUCUAUGUCUGCUGAUGAACUUGACCUAAGCCUUAGUCCUAAGAAAACAGAUUCUGUUACAGCCAGCGCCACGUAGACCUGCUUUUGGAACUAAAUGACUUGAAAUUUGGUUGGAGUUGCAGUAAAGAAGAUGCAGUUCUGGGCAGGUGCAAGACUAAAAUCAAGUUGAAUGCUUCCCUCUACCCCAAUGAACAGCUCUCAGGUGCUGGUAAAACUAUUCCUGUGGCACCUCUGCUCGGUAUGCUUUGGGCUGGGCCUGGCCGUUAUCAAGAGAAGGGCAGACAGCUCGAGGAAGUGACAUGUACCAGUACUGAAGCACAAAGUCUUCCCCUUUUCCCUGAUGCCAAGUUCUCCUUUAACAGCACUCUCUUCUGCGCAGUGUACUCAUUUGCCACUCCAUGUUCUGGGUUUAAUGCAGCAUGGAGAGACAGAAAGAAUAUUGUUUUUCUUGUCUUAAAUCACUUCCUUCAAAACCAGUGUGGAGCUUAAUCCCAAAGAACAGAAACCUCCUAUCCCAGGGUGAGGCAGACGUGCCCUGGCCACGCUGAACUGCUCACAGGAGAUGCACGCUCUGUCCGAAGGUACAUCCUGUUUUGUUAGGGUCACUGUUGCUGACCAGCUUUUUUAUAGAGGACUCAGAGUUUCAGAAAUAUAUUUUUGUAGACAACAAUUAAACUGUGAAGCAUUUAAAAAUAAAGCAUGUAAACAAAAUUUUACAGCAA